AUGGCCGAACCGCUGCAACCACCGCCUGUUGAUAGAGAUGUCAUCGUUCGACUACCGACCCAGACCACCCCUAGCUAUGUUCAGACGGUAAUUGGCAAGAAGUCAUAUCUGUCCGAGGAUGUUGAUGAGUUUCGGGGCAUCCCAUACGGAGAAGUAUCUCAAAGAUGGACGCAUUCGAGACUACGCACCCAUCUUCCGCAGGACGAGUAUGAUGCGGCCAAGGACGGACCUGUAUCGCCAUUCGCCGGCAGGGGCAACAGCACCUCGUAUUUCCAGGCUUAUUUACCUAUUCCGGAAUUUGAAAAAUCGGAAUUCGAUUGUUUAAACCUCAUCAUCGUCCGACCUAGCAUUGCAGCGUUGUCUCGCAUAGGGAUACAAGGGCCAGCCAAGUUACCUGUUUUGGUAUGGAUUCAUGGUGGUGGAGGAUCUGAGUCGGGUAGUCACCCGCUGUAUGACCCUGUCCGUCUAGUAUCCCGAUCUCUGGAAAUUGGCUCCCCCAUUAUUGCAGUUCUGCCCAACUUUCGGCAUGGCGUAUUUGGGUUCCUCGGAUCGACCGAUAUUCUGACUACCCAGACCGAUGAUGAGAAUAAGGGUCUCAACUUUGGUCUUUACGAUCAGAAAGUCGCCUUGGCUUGGGUAGCCCGCAACAUUGCUCACUUUGGUGGUGAUCCGAAACAAGUCACGUUCGGCGGCAGUUCGUCAGGAUCGUUCGCGGUACACGUGCAUCUUCUUGAUAGCGACUCUCACGCUACAGAGCCACUUUUCAAGAGGACUAUCUUGCAAUCCGGUGCCCAGUUUACUCUGUCGCCGCUGCCUCUGGAGGACAUGAAAGCACCAUGGGACGAGCUGUGCCAGUACUGGGGUAUCCAAACCGAGAACAGCCAGCAAAAAGUGGAAUUUCUACGGAAAGUCUCGACGGAAGCCAUGAUUGAAUUUACCACCAAAAGCAAGAAGAUGAAGUUGGGGCCAAUUGCCGAUGACUUGACUAUGACAAUGCAAACUGCGACAUUUCCUGAUGUUGAUCAAGGACAAGACGUUAAAUCUGUUGGAUACGAUCCAGUCGAGGUUAUGUUAGGCGCAAGUGACGUCGAGGAAGCUGGCUUCGUCCAAAAUGAUGUUGAUCUGAAGAGGUUACAGACCAUCUUUGCCGAAAGUUACGGAACUCCUGCGAGGGGGGAUGAAAUACUGAACGCCUACGGUCUCGUCAAAGGAUCUGAGCAGAGCGUUUUACGAGCGAAUUACGAGCGGUUCCUCUCUGAUGCCAAAUUCGACUUACCCAUCUACAUGCUGCAAACCACACUCAGCAAGCAGCGUCGAGCCGACCUCGGUGAUGCCACUAGCAUACAGCCCUACAGUAUCCAAUUUGGAAACCCGUUUCCCGGACCAAAGAAAGGCGCCGCACAUCAUUGCGUGGAGCUAAUCUAUCUGUUUGAUCCGUUCCACAAUGCCCUUGUUGAUGCUGAUAACGGCAUUUUUAUGGCGUAUCCAGAAUCAUCUGAUGAACUCUCCGCAAGGCAGGAAACUGAUGCUACGGAUUCAACGGUGGAUGACCAAUCAGAAAGGCGUACGGUGAGUAAUCUUGAGCUUGUGGGCCGUGUUCAAGAUCACUAUAUCGGAUUCAUUACGGGAAAAUCCACUCAAAAAGCAGCUGAGGGUGAAAUGCUUGUCUGGGGUAGGGAUAGAACCCUGAGGGUGGAAAACCUAGAGGAAGAUCCAAUGUGGGUUAAGAGAAUCGGCCGUUUGAAGCUGCUUCAAGAAGAUAUUCCGGCUAUACGAAGAGUUCUAAACGCCCUUUAG